AGCGGGGAUGGGUAUGGGUCGCCCUGCUCGCGAGGCGGCGAACGCUUUGGAGGCAGGAGGCCGAUCCAGCAGCUCGGGACCGGACCACAGGGCACUGACCGCGGCCGGGGCGGCGGCUCGGAAGAGCUUGGGUGGCCGCCUCGGGGCGCUCCUUCCUCCGGGCCGGGGGGCAGCGCGCUGGCCUCCAGGGACCGGGGCUUGAGCGGCAGGCGGCGGGGCUGCGGAAGGCUGUCCCGAUACUGGCCAGGCCCUGAAAGAAAACCCGUGGGUGGUCGUUGGCAGCCGGGGUGAGGGGGCCCGGCCUUCCCGGGAGAGUGGGGUACGAGGAAACCAGUGGGGAGUUCCCCGUGCGCCCGGGCCCGCCGCGCUGAGGCCCGCAGUCCAGGGGUGGGGGCGCCUUGGGGACAGCUCUGCUCGGCACCUGGCGCGGCUGCGGUGGGCCGGGCGCUCCUGCAGAAGCAGGUGUGGGGUGUCGUGCUGUCCUUCAGGUGACGUCUCAGCCCUUUUUUCCAGGUACUGCACCCACCUCUCUUAACACCUGCGCCUCAGCCCUUCCUGCCUAAGGGACGCCGUCUGGUCUCCCCCCUGCAGGGACUUCUGAGUGGACGGGCCUGGGUUCUAGUCCUUGACUUGAGCAGUUGAUUCCGCCUCGAUUUCCUUGUUGGUGGGGUGAGAACGAUAACCCGCUCGUGCAGAGCCGUGUGCGGCUUGGAGGUGGAGUAGCUGAGUGAUCUUGGAGUGGCAGUUGCUGCUGGGACCUCCUACCUGGGCUGCCGGUCAAAGAGCAGGAAGCAGCGAUGUCUGCCAUGGGUCCUGCAGCUCCACACCUGCAUCGCCCUGGUGACAGUCACAGUGGCUGCAUGAGUUUCCUGGGCACCCAGCUGCCUCCAGAGGUGGCAGCAAUGCCCCAGCUCCUGAGGGACCUGGAGAGGGGCACAUUCAGAAAGUUGCUGAAGCUGGUGGUCAGCAGUCUGCAGGGGGAAGACUGCCGUGAGGGUGUGCGGCGCCUCGGGGCUGGUGCAGACCUGCCUGAGGAGCGUCUGGGUGCCCUGAUCGCUGGCACACACACCCUGCUCCAGCAGGCCCUCCGGCUGCCCCCGGCCAGCCUGAAGCCCGAUGCCUUCAAGAACCAGCUCCAGGAGCUCUGCAUCCCCCAAGACCUGGUCGUGGACUUGGCCAGUGUGGUGUUUGGGAGCCAGCGGCCUCUCCUUGACUCUGCGGCCAGGCAGCAGGGGGCCUGGCUGCCCCAUGUUGCCGACUUUCGGUGGAGGGUGGACGUGGCCAUCUCCACCAGCGCCCUGGCCCGCUCCCUGCAGCCAAGCGUCCUGAUGCAGCUGAAGCUCUCGGAUGGGUCGGCCCUCCGCUUCGAGGUCCCCACGGCCAAGUUCCAGGAGCUGCGGUUCGGUGUGGCCACGGUCCUGAAGGAGAUGGCCGACCUGGAGAAGAGGUGCGAGCGCAAACUGCAGGACUGAGCCUUGCUCGCCAGUCCCCUUCUGGUCACCGGGGAUAGCUGGCUCAGACAGGUGUCUCCAGAGCAAAGGCCGCCCUUCCCAGGAGGCACUCCAGUGAGUGUUUGAGUGUAAUCGUGCAUUUCUCUAAGUGAAGAAGACAGCUGUGUCUUCCCCUUUCUUUGGAAGUAAAGCAGCUACACAAAAUA